UCAUUGUGUCUGUGUCGAGGCGUCGGGAGGGCCUAGGUCCGUGUGCAGCGCCCUUCGGCCGGCCUGAGCCCCAGAGUCGGCUCCCCUCUCUCGCCCAGCGUCCCCAGGCCGCUCCCGGGGCUCACGGAAUAGUGCAGAAACAAGUACCAGAAACAUCUCCUAGGACAGAAAGGAGAGCACAGACCCUAUUUGGAUCAAGUCGGUUCCCCGAGCCUGAACGAUGACUGCUGAAUCAAGGGAAGCCACGGGUCUCUCCCCCCAGGCUGCCCAGGAGAAGGAUGGCAUUGUCAUAGUGAAGGUGGAAGAGGAAGAUGAGGAGGACCACAUGUGGGGGCAGGAUUCCAGCCUGCAGGACACCCCUCCUCCUGACCCGGAGAUAUUCCGCCAACGUUUCAGGCACUUCUGUUACCAGAACACUUUUGGGCCUCGAGAGGCUCUGAGUCGACUGAAAGAACUUUGUCAUCAGUGGCUACGACCAGAGAUAAACACCAAGGAGCAGAUUCUGGAGCUGCUCGUGCUGGAGCAGUUCCUUUCCAUUCUGCCCAAGGAGCUCCAGGUCUGGCUGCAGGAGUACCGUCCCGAUAGUGGGGAGGAGGCUGUGACCCUUCUGGAAGAUUUGGAGCUUGAUUUAUCAGGACAGCAGGUCCCAGGUCAAGUUCAUGGACCUGAGAUGCUCGCAAGGGGGAUGGUGCCUCUGGAUCCAGUACAGGAGUCCUCGAGCUUUGACCUUCAUCCUGAAGCUGCCCAGUCCCAUUUCAAGCAUUCAUCUCGGAAACCCCGCCUCUUACAGUCACGAGCUCUCCCUGCCACCCACGUUCCUGCCCCUCAUAAUGAGGGGAGUCCCCGAGACCAGGCGAUGGCAUCUGCACUAUUCACGGCAGAUUCCCAGGCAAUGGUGAAGAUCGAGGACAUGGCCGUGUCCCUCAUCCUGGAGGAAUGGGGAUGUCAGAACCUGGCUCGGAGGAAUCUCAAUAGGGACAACAGGCAGGAGAAUUAUGGGAACGUGUUUUCCCAGGGUUGUGAAAACAGGAAUGAGAAUGAGGAGUCAACCUCAAAGGCUGAAAUUGCAGAAGACUCAGCAUCACGUGGGGAGACAACAGGAAGAUUCCAGAAAGAUUUUGGAGAAAAACGUGAACAGCAGGGCAGAAUAGCAGAAAGGCAGCUAAGAAACCCUGAGGAGAAAACUGGAAAAGAAAAGAAAGAUUCAGGGCCAGCUACAGUCAAGGAAAAAAAACCCACCACGGGAGAGAGAGGUCCAAGGGAGAAGGGUAAAGGAUUGGGAAGAAGCUUCAGUUUGAGCUCAAACUUUAACACCCCUGAGGAAGUUCCGACAGGAGCCAAGUCUCAUAGGUGUGAUGAAUGUGGUAAAUGCUUCACAAGGAGUUCAAGCCUUAUUCGCCAUAAAAUAAUCCACACUGGAGAAAAGCCCUAUGAAUGUAGUGAGUGUGGGAAAGCCUUCAGUCUUAACUCAAACCUUGUCCUCCAUCAGAGAAUCCACACAGGAGAGAAACCUCAUGAAUGUAACGAGUGUGGCAAAGCCUUCAGUCAUAGUUCAAAUCUCAUUCUACAUCAGCGAAUCCACUCCGGAGAGAAACCUUACGAAUGUAAUGAGUGUGGGAAGGCCUUCAGCCAGAGCUCAGACCUCACUAAACAUCAGAGGAUCCACACAGGGGAAAAGCCCUAUGAAUGUAGCGAGUGUGGAAAAGCUUUCAACCGAAACUCAUACCUUAUUCUGCACCGGAGGAUUCACACCCGAGAAAAGCCCUAUAAGUGCACUAAGUGCGGCAAGGCCUUCACCCGGAGCUCGACGCUCACUCUGCACCACAGAAUCCACACCAGAGAGCGCGCCUCCGAGUACAGCCCGGCCUCCCUCGAUGCAUUUGGAGCGUUCCUGAAAAGCUGUGUGUAAAGCAAGAGUUUGUCAACAAGCCAUUUCCCCCUUUCGUUUCUAAAAUUAUCUCAGAGAUGUGUGCCCGUGGAGGGGAAAGAAACAGAUUCAACAGAUUUAAAAAAAUCACACUAAGGAUCCUUGUAGUUACAUCAGCAGUGUUUUGCCUUCGCAGUCUGUGGGCAUCUAGUUCUUCCACACAGCCCCUGCAGGGGAAAGCUAGUCCUGGAUAAUCGACAUGCUAUUUCCACACGAGAUGAAAGCACACACACUAAAAUGUCAAGCUUUUCAGUAAUGAGGAUACCUCUAAGGCGCUAUUGGACUCUCAGCAACCAUAAUAUAUGAUUGAAAGAUUAAGAUUGGCUCUGAAAAUGAUACCAAGGUUAAAAAGCUGCUUGCUGCAAACAAGCCCUGCCUGGCCGCCAUCUGGCUGUACCUUAUUUCUCAAAAAAGAGGAACAGUUAAAAAACAAAAACUCCAUUGGGACAUGCUGCUCAAACUAGUUAUAUAUACAGUAAGUUAUAUAUAUGAUCACUGGUAGCCUACCAAAGCUAUGGAAAUCGAGGACUGUGCUGAUGAGUAUUAAACCAAAGAUUUCUGUCUCUUCCUGAAAGAGAGAGUACGUGCACCAGUCUACAGUUCCAAAGGACUGCAACACAUGUAGAUGGUUCUAUCCUCAUCACUGAGAGAAAUUCUACUGAAAUGGCAACAAUGAUUCAAAACACUUCUCUCCCUUCUAGAAAUCCCUAAAGCACUAUCGCACUCCUAAAUGCAUUUCUCCACAAGUUAGCACUUGAUUGUACACUCUCUUCUAAUCCUUCAUGGUUUUGUGUCUGAAAGUUUUCAUCACCCCCCAAAAGAGAUGCUUCCAUUGUCAAGGGAUGUGUUUAUAUCCCCCACAGCACUGGACACAGUGCUGAACGCAGAAGAGACACUCAUUCUGCCUGACUUCCAACAGGACUUUUGCAUUUAUGAUAAAGCCCUGUGAGUCAUGAGUACCUGAAGUGUAGUAGCCUGACCCAGCUUUUGAAGAGGACCUUCAGAGCCUGAGGCAUGCUAACCCUCAAGGGUCUGAUGCUAUUUUUGUCCUAAAUAUAAAAGAGAGGUGCUGGUUGGCUGCGUGCAUAGACUUUCUAAACAUGGAUCGGUGAGUGAGUACCAUGGAAUGUCAGAAAUGACUCUGUUGUCGUCAUCUUAAAGAAGAAAACUAUGAACACUUACUAAGGCCAUUUCUUGACAUCUUUCUACGGUAAAGAUCUUAGCCAGAGUUCUCUUCAGUCAGCAGCUGAACAACCUGAUGAUUUGGGCACUUUCUGAAUCAUUUGUAACUUUACAUAAUAUAGUUCAGAAGAUGUGAUUUUUGUUGCUUUUUCAGAAAAAGGAAAGUUGCAGGGAGCAUUUUUUCCCCACACUUUCCAGAAACUUUGCAAAAGCAUUUGACAUCGUUAGCUGGCAGUUACUAAACACGUUGUUGCUCUGUGAAGUUCACCAACACGCUAGGAUGUGGUUAACUGUAUCGUAGUCAUACUGCAAGGGUCUUUUCUGCUUCUCAUCACUAAAGACUGAGGUGAGGUUAUGAAACUUUGAGCUUUUCCAUCAUCUGCGCAGGAGGAUGCAAUUGGCUGCCUCAAAACUAGUGACAGAGACUGGUUUGGGAUACACAUACAGGAGACCCAAGUAUCAUGCGCUCCACGGGUACUCAUUAGGGACUUGGGUAGAGAUGACUGCUCAUGAGAGCACGCAAAUGAUUGUGGACAGCUCUGUAGAAACUUAGAAACAUAGGCUAAGACCAAACCUGAAGACUCCCCAUAAUGGGAGAACCCCACAUAGAGUUUGAGGUCUCCCAUCGAGAAACAGAACUGAAACUAGAAUUCAGCAGUUGUUCACUAAACAGGAACCAGCUCCUCAUGGGAGACAGCAUGGCUUUAUGGGGAGCCAGCGGGAUCGGAGCAGCUGUGGCCUCAGCUCCAGACUAAACUACAGUUCUGCACAGCAGUAAUUCUUUUUUUUGGCUUGGCUUUACUACUUGGACCAACCACAACUUCCCUGUAGCUUCGAAGCAGUUUCAUCAUGUUGCGUGGGGAAACUUCAAGGAAGUCAGCUGCUGACCAGAAUGUUCCUAUCCAUCCAGUUUAAGAAAAACAGACGAGAUACUCCCAAAGAGUUUAUGUAAGUAACUCUUUACAGUAAAGUGAAGGUAGAAAAAAAUGCUUUCAGGAUUUUCUUCAAAGAGCGAGCCGCAGCGAUGAUUGCAUAGAACAACCGCUGGUGCUUUUGAGCUACGACUUUGGCUGCUGGGAAGCAACUGAAGGCAGUGAGGUACUUACCUCCAGGCACUGAUCAAAGCACUGACUGUUCUUAAGAGGGAAAGAACUUUGCUCGGUUCCAGGUGGGCCUUUUUCAACCGCAACUACAUGCUGGCGUAAGUCAGCCAUCAUUUUUGUUUUUUUUUUAAGUGGAAGUUAAAUAUAACCUGAGCCCCCACAUUUAAUUCCCGUUUUACUGGGACAGUGUGCUGACUAUGUGUGGUUGCCCCUGGGGUUGCUUCAGAUCUUCAGCCUUGAAGCAGCUGUUUGAAGAUAUGUUUUCUGAAGAAAACGGGUUACAGCUGUUUAUUAAAGCUUAUUUGCAUUGCAUUCCUUUACCUGCUGCUCAGUGCAGAGUGUAAUUGGGUCAUGGUCAAACAGGCUUACAUCAUCUAAUUAGUGCUCAGGAUAGUCACUCGAAAGUUCUUGACUGGCUGAAGUCUGUCAACAGUUUAAGUACUCUACAGUUAACCAUUAGCAUGCUAGUUGACCUAAUGGAAGUUUUUGAAGGGUUUUUAAAAAUAUACCUUAACCUUGCCAGGAAGAGAGGUAAAAUUCUUCAGGUUGUGGGGUAUUUGUUUCUACUCCAGCCUGGCAGUCAAGGCUAAAGCCUGAAUACAGAUGCGUGAGGCAUCUUGAUAUGUAAGGCACUUAGUUUUUUAUUAAAGGCAUAAAGGUGAAACUGUGCUAAAUAUGUACAGAGAGGACGACGUGUUUGAUAUGUGAGACAGUUCACAUCUUAACAUAUAUCAGAGAAUUCAUUCCAGAAAGGAACCUCUUGAAUGUGAUAAAUAUGGCAAAGCCUUUAAUCACAUCUCAGCCCUUAGCGUCAGAAAGCUUACACUGUAAAUAAACUUUACUAACAUUAUAUGUGAGGAAAACUUUCACAUAUAGCACUCGUUGCUUUGGACAGAAAAUGAAUUCCGUCAGUACGUUCCAGUCAUAGAACGAAUUUCAGAAACACUGCAGAGGAAACUCAAUCUUAACUCCAGAGGAUCCGCAGAAGAAAACAAUGUGGGGAAAUGCUAAAGAAAUAGCAAAAUGUGCUUCUUACAAAAAUUGUUAAUGUUGGGUACUUCUAUAUAUUUUGUAUGACCAUGAUGUCAGUGUCUUGUGUUUUGUACCUCCAGCCCCUGUUGUUAUUCUGUAUAUUCUCUGUAAACAGAUAGUGUAUUUUAUUUUAAUCUAUUUGACAGAACACAUCACUCCAAGAGAGCAAAGUUUUGGAGUGAGUAGUGAAAAAGUCAAUGUGGUUAUAGACAAAAAAUCAGUUCACAGAACUGAGGAGGAGGAAAAUGAGAAAAAAUUUCCAUAGUUUGGUGCUUAUCAGAUCUGGAGAGGAGGGUAGUCGAUUGUUAGGAGAGACAAGUUCAUAGGGCACUCAAAUGGAACAAUUCCUGUAAACAUCUGUAGCUUCCUGAGAGUUUUCUCUUCAAAGCCAGGAAUUUAACCUCUUAGCUGCCAGAUCACCAUUUCAAACAAAGAGAACAGGUUCUCAGAGCUUGUCUGGGGAGAAGGAGGGUCUUCUCCAUGAAUCUAGAGGAGGGAGUAUACUGGAAAGGCCAGUGGGACCACUUAACUUGACCGGAUUCUGUAAACCAUAGUCCUGCUUCCCCCACUAACUCUUAAAUCCUUAUGCUUAGAAAUUUUGGGAUAGGGAAACACCAAGGUGAACUCUUUCCUGGAAAAUAGGCACAGAUGCCUCCAGUUCCUGGCAUUACAGAAAGUUUUCCUGAUAAGGCUUGAGAAGCAUUUUGCAAUAUUCCCUUGUUUGUGCUCCUGCGUGCCGUCCCUGCUCCCAUUUCUUCCCCGGUUUAUGAUGAUUAGGAGAGAGGACUUGUGAAGAUUCAUAGCUGUGAAAGAAUUCUUUUCUAGUUUUUAUCCUAGAAUUGAUCACCUUUUAUUGCAGGGUCUGGUCAUCCUGAUGUACGCAUCUAAAGCUAGCUAACCAGGUUCAUCCUGCCACCUCCUGGAAGGUUCGUUGUGUGAAUUGGAGUAACAGUGUUAAAACGUAAUCAGACAGUGACCACAGUACUUGCCAGGGGAGCUGUAUUUUUGUGUGUCCCACUCUGAGCAACUUCUCAGAAAUGUUUAUGAGGGGGCUGGGGUUCUCCAUCUGGGAAACCAAAUGAGGGUCUACAGAUUGCCCAGUGAAAUACAGAAUCAGAAAAAAGGAAAUUAAGUGGUAUAAAUAGGUCUUUUCAUAGAAGUUAGAGUAGAUUUUUAUUUCAACUACUACUGGAGAAUUUAAUAAAAAGCAUUAUUUGAAAAAUUUUCGUAACAGAUUUAUGUUUCAUUUUUAGAAUGAACACACUUGCACAUUUAAAAGCAGUUACUUAUUUUGCUAUUCAAAUUAAUUUUUUAUUCUAUCUAAAAAUGAAAUUAUCUGUUUUACUUUUCAAAGCAUUGUGAAACAAACUUGAAGUUAUAUGGAGGUAAGCCAUCUCCAAUUCUGCAGGUCAAACAGAAGUUUGGGAAAUACUUCGGACAUCUCAUAAUACAGAAUGUCUUAACAUGAGAACUUAGUUUCAUGUUGUCUGGUUCUGUUUAAUAGUGGAUACCACAAACCAAGUUUUUCUCAUCCUAAAACAGCGGAAGGUAAAGAGUGGGCAUUAGGUUGACUUCUAAACAAUGGUCUGCUGUGAUUUUAACAGCUUUUUUUUUUUUUAAUCUUUGAGAUUCUCACCUCCAUUUACUAAAGAAUCAUGAAGUAUUUACACAGUAAUCAGCAAAGUUAAUUGGUCUUGAAAUUACAAUUUAUCCCUUCAGCAAGCACUCAUUAAGCAGUGAGGCUGAGUGUUUUAAGAAUGAAAUCUGUGAGUGAUUGAAAGGUGGGAUUGAAACUCGGAUUUCAUUCCAGUUUCAGAUUUAGGUUUUAAGUUCCUUUGGUCCAGGGAAGGGACUAGGCAACCCCAGUCGCCCCAAAUCUCUGUCAGUUUGUCUCCCGACGAGGUCAGGUGUUUUAGGAAGGAGCGAGGGGAGGAGGUUUUUAACAGCGCCUGCUCCCAGCUGAGGAGGAAUAGUGCCGACGACGCCUGGCGGAGGGAGAGGAGAGAAACUUGGGGAUGUGUUGCGUCAGUGCUCGCUCGCCUUCCUCCUCAGCUCAACCACUUAGCAGCUGAAGGAAGGUUUCAGUCCGGCGGAGCGUGUUAGACUGAGAUACUUCUGCUGGUAGGCGGGGUUCUUACGUGAAAGCAAAUACGUGAGGGGGGCGGGGUGGGAGGAAGCCGAUUGUGAUUAUGCAGGAAAAUCUUGUUCUAAAAAUCUAUGAGUUUAGGGGUAAAGGGUGAUAUGCAAGCAAAAUCAGUAAUUAUUUUAAAAUGAACAUAUGUAUUUUUAUUAACUUUUAGUUAAAUAUAGAUUAUUACAACCAACUCGACAUGAUAAGCCUAAAUCUAUAUAGAGAGCUAACUCAGGCAUUGUCUUGUUUAUCUGUAGACUGGAUAAAACAACCCUUUCCUGUUGUGUCAGUUCCUAGUUUCUUAGUUUAGAAUAAAUUAGACCAAAAGAAGAAACUCGCUUGUCUUUAAAUACCUGCAGAAUUAAGUUAUUGCUGUUAAAACCUGGCCUUUUCAUUUUGCUAGUCUUGGAAGAGUCCAGAUGCUUGGUAGAUGUUCAGUAAGUGAUUUUAAAUUAAAUUUGUUCAUUUAAAAUCCUCAUUAACUUUUCUAGAAAGGCUUCUUUCAAUAAAUAAUGGAAUCUUAGAGGAAAAGUGGUUUGUUUUUUUAGAAACUAAGGAACUCCUCCACUGAAAAUAAUCAUUUGAAACCUUGAUUGAGGAUUAAAGUUUCAAUCAUGAGACAUGGCAGCAAAAAGAAAUUUAUAUGCAUUUAUAGUCAAUGGUCCAUUUUAGGAGGCCGGUGGUGUCUGACAAAUGCUAGAGUAGUGAGGUUGGGGAAGGAAAUUGUGGGGAUUUGUAAUAA